UGUUGUGUUGAUCGGCCAUGAUCAAACAGUAGUUUGUUUGUGGAUAGCUGCAAUUGGGAGUUUCGCUGUUUAUGUGCGUUAUUCUAGAAAGCGGGUGUGGUAGGAGCGUAAAUUUUAUUCGAGGAUUAUCAUUUUUCCCAAUAUACACAACUAUUUACUGAAUUGACUGAAAAGAACCAUCAUUAUAUGCGUCGUCUGCUAGGACAUUAGAACUUUGUUUUGCAGUCGCAGCACCUGAAGUGGCAUCUUUUUACUGGAUUUGUGAGUUCAAAUCAGUGUGAUGUGAAAUGAAACGGAGAGCAGAAGACACCGUUAAACAGGAACAAGCGCAGGUGGGAGUUUAUUGUGGACAACCCCGCUCUCGUGCUAGUGGCAGUGGCUUUGUUAUGGGAGAUUCUGCACCUUCAGCACUUGCAACACACUCCAGUGCAAGAAUUCUUUCCUCACUUUCUGGAAAUGGUGCUGUUUCUUCAUAUACAUCAGGUCCACCAAAGGCUACUGAGCGUAAUGAAAAUCUGACGGGAAACAUUCAGUAUUCUUCCACAUCAUAUAGUGCUAACAUUCCAGGAAGUUGCGUGUCAACAGCAGUGAAGGUACAUGGCUGCCUUAGCACAUCUGCAUCACCUGUUGUGUCAAGCACAGUGACCUCUACAGCACAUCAGUUUCAGCGACUAAAAGUUGAAGAUGCAUUAUCGUACUUAGAUCAAGUCAAAUUCAAGUUUGGUAAUCAGCCACAAGUUUACAAUGACUUUCUUGACAUUAUGAAGGAAUUCAAAUCACAGAGUAUUGAUACCCCAGGCGUUAUACAGCGCGUUUCCAAUCUCUUCAAAGGACAUCCUGAACUUAUUGUAGGAUUCAAUACAUUCCUUCCACCUGGAUACAAGAUUGAAGUUCAGUCAAGUGAUCAGGGGCAUUCAUUCCAAGUAUCAGUUUCAAUGCCUAGCCCCAGUUCAGUGACUGCAGUACCUACACAUGUGGCAGCUGGCAUGGUGACACACCAUUUGUCAAUCCCAGCAAACCUCAACACCUCAGUGGCAGCUGGUGCAAUACCAGCUACAGCUACACAAUCAAGUCCUGUUGCUACUGGGAUUGUGAAGCCAAUUCAUAGGUUGGUGUUGUACCUGGCUCUGGGAUGGCCGAAAUCUAAGUCUGGAACAAAUAAUUAUGGAAAUCGGAGUAGGGGUAUGGGACAUAGAUGGCUGAAAUUGCUGCAAAACAACUGUAAAAAGGACAUGGAAAAACUAUAUGAAGGUGGAUGUGAAGGCAGGAGCACUUGGAAAGGAAAAUUGCAGAGUACAGAGGGUGGAAAAGCCUGGAAAAUGGGAACUAAUGAUACUGUGAAGCCAGACGGGGAUUCGGUAGCACUUGGGAUGUAUCUUAAUGCUCACAGGGCAGACGGGUGUGGCUCGAUGGCAGAGGUGAAUGCGGGAACACUUGAAAUUGAAGGGGCAGAUGUGGAUGCAGGUUCAGAGUCUUAUAAGGAGGAAACUGUUGCAGUGUUGUCGGGCAGUGGAUUACCCUGCUACAGGAGUGUCAGGGGCCUUAUCCAGGGUCGGACAGAGGUUGAAUGCUGCUGGCCAAGGGUUCUGGUGCCGUGUAAGAAGCAGGAAGCUGUAGCAGUUACCAAAGAUAAAACAUGGGGCAUAUCUUCCAUGUUGAGGAUGGACAACUGGGAACUACACAUGUUGGUGCAAAAAGUCACUGUCAAAGUCUUUGUGACAUACGAUUCACGUUGCCACAAAGACAUUGGACUUGAAAAAUCCUUAUUGCCAAUUGAUGUGCGACUAAACUUGGCAGUGACAAUGGAGCCAAUGCAGGCAUUUGAACCAAAAAAUCUUCAUCAUCAACUGAUAUGUCUUACACCAAUUAGGUUAGGCUGCUUGUAUACCACAGGUAUGAGAGGGGUUGCAGGUCUGCCGGGCAAGCGGACUAUACACCACACUUGUCCCCUUCCCCCGCUUUCUCUUGAACCCUGCUUCUCGCCUUGCUGCCCGCUUCUCGCCUUGCUGCCCGCUUCUCGCCUUGCUGCCCACUUCUCACCGUGCUGCCCACUUCUCGCCAUUAUCAAUCCAUUUAACCACACUCGCACAUCUUAUGAUUCCCAUGCAGGAUUUAGAAUCAAGGACCAUCUUCGCCUUGCAUGCAACAGCUUCACAGGAUUAGAAAUAACAGACCAGCAGUUUAUAUUUUGUGACAAACUACAGUUUCAGUUAUUGAAACUAAGUUGUAAGGCUCACGAUAAGCAGGAAAUUCGGAUUCGUGUUCCGCUCGUGAUAGUGAGAAACACGGUGACCUUUCCACAGUUAAGUAGCUUCUGCAUAUUUGGUACAGAAUAUAUUGAACUUCACAUUAGAUCCAGUGGCCUUUCCAUAGUUGUGUGUCUUGAGCUGAUCUGUAAAGUGCACACGCACUUAUUUGUGCAGCUAUCACUUUUGCAACAGCAUCUAGUUGAUAGGACACUUAUUUAUUCCUCAAGCACUCUGCUAGGGACCAGGAGGUACCAUCAACUUGUGCCAUCAGUUCAGUCCCAGUCGUGUCUGGUUACAGAUUUUGCUAUGAAAAGGUGUAUUGGUCUGUCAUAUGAGGUACCAUUUCACAUGCCUCAUUUGUUACGUGCACUGGGCUGUUUUCUCUUGCUCCAUCUUCAUACUUGUGUCCGGUGGGGUCUUGAUGUUGCCUCUGUUGUAAACUUGCUUGUGCAACAUGACAAAUCUGUUCUUGUACAUAAUACACAUUUUAAUGCAUUUCAUGCUUUAAGGAUUCUAAAAAUUCUGGCAAUGACAGUGUGCAGUCACCUUCGUGGUCGCUUCUUCCGUGAUGUGCUGCAAACAGACAUGUGCAAGUCAACCUCAUGUACAGAGUGCCUUGCGGGAAGCCCCCUCACCUAUCCAAGCCCAGCACAUGUUUCUGCUGAACAUUUUAAAACAAGUGGUCCUUAUUUCAGUAGUUGUGAGAGACUUGUCAGGACAAAAUACAGGAGUUCGGUUUUAAACUCUGAUGUCACCAAAUUGCAGUUGCCUAGUGGACUUAACGGUGUGAAUGCUAUCACACUAUCGUAUUGUUCUAUAACAUUAGAAGAUGGAACUGAAACUGGUCAUAAAAUUAUAAAGAUAUGCAAUCUGGACAGAAAAUACAUUUUGAUAUUUACAUUUGAUAUUUACCCUCAAAAUGUACUGUCUCAUCAGCCAAAAAUGUAUCUACUAGUGUCCUGUUCUGUACAUUACUAUUUGUAUGAUGCCUCUAUUGUGUCACAAAAGAUUGCUAGUUUUAUGCCAGUUAUAUCAAGCCUUAAAUUGACAUGGAGAGACUUAGACUAUAGGUGCUUUUUUUCCUCCAAUCAUUGGUCCGCAGCUCGUGGUCCUGCGAGACAUGGCCAGUUACCAAUCAUUGUCACUGUCAAAAAUGUGAAAGAUCUUGCAACAAAUUUGGAUGCCUUAUUCAGUGUGCUCCAACAAGGAAACUUGAAGUUAGGACAGGACACAGACUUUGAGCUGCACUGGAGAUUUGUUUCUACACAGACACAGAGGCCGAGGCCGCUGCCUCCCAUUUGCGAGUGGAUGCCACAACAACCACCCACAAGUCACCAUUGGCAUCCCGAGAUUCAGGCAUAUUGGCACUGUCCAGAAACUGUUGUAGCAGAUAUUGCACUUCAGUUCACAUCUGCAGAAUUUCAUCACUUUUGUGAAGAGAACGGUAUCAUUUUGGUCCGUGCAUUUAAAAUCCAGAUGACGAAGCUGCACCAGCAUCAUUGUCUUGAUGACGCAAUUACCUUGUUACUUGUGCCGUACCCCUCCAUACCGCAGGAUGGCUCAAGCCUGGCAGAUAAAUUACAUGGUCAACCACAAUGCUCACAGUUCUCCAUAAUCCAUUCCACUACUCAUACAUCCCCACACUGGCAUCCUCAUUGCUGUCAUCACACCCUUCAGGAUGAUGUACAGGCUGCCAGCAUUGGGAGGAGGGGGGUUAUGUUACGUUAUGUUGGGGUGCACAGCCCACCAGCAUGGCAGUACUGCUCUACAACUUACCUAUUCUUGAUUUUCUCACUGCUAUCAUCACUAAAUGCAAUUUACCCAGACUGUAAUAAUACGACAUCCUGCAUUCAAAUAGAGUGCCUUGACCAACAUCAAAGAAGUUGUUUGAUAUUUAUUUGUAUGACAAGUUUCUUUGUUGUUCCUCUCAAUAUUGAAACUAAUCAUGAUUGGAAAAUAUUAGAACAUAUUGUUUCUCCAAUUGUUCUUGGUUCAAAAUUCAUGACAUUCAUAAACUCUUUCGCAGCACUUUGUGAGGUUAAGAUAUUGGCACCAGAGUCAAAUUUGCUAGGCUAUUCUAAUACUUUACGUGAUAAAGAAAGAGGAGACAUUACUUUCAGACUGUCUCUUGUCUGUUGUCAAGAGCACUGGGAUAACAACCAUAGCAAGAUUAUUGAGGGCAUUGAAGGUUAUGCAUUAAAAUCAAAGGAAGAGAAUUUUGAAAAGGAACUACAUUUAGUUGCAUGUGAUUAUAUACCAUUAUUUACAUUGAGUAUGUUUUUACAAGAUUUUAUUAGCAAAAGACAAACAGUUCCCAGCAAAGCAAUAAAUGUAUCCACCCUUACAGAGUCUUGCUGCAACAUUUUUCCAUUACGUUCUAGUUUAUGUGCAUUAAUUGGUGAAAUAGCUUUAAAGAUUCUAUAUGUUAUUACUACUUGGACUGUUCUAUCACUAUUGAAAGAUCGCUGUUGUCUCUUCCUUUACAGCCCUACCCACCAUUCAGCUGCUGCUGUUGCAUCUGCUUCUGCUGUUUAUCACAACGUAGCUUCAGUAACGGCAGCUGCAACAUCAAUACCUGCUGUUGCAUCUACUCCAUCACCUUCACCCAUGGUUCCUCAUCAUCAUAUAGCGCCUUCAACAUCACCUGUACCUGCUGCUGCAGGGUAUACAUCUCCAGCACAUUCUAUAAGCCAUGCUGACCAUUGUAUGCCUCAGGGGCAAGGUCAGCCUGUCGAAUUCAAUCAUGCCAUAAAUUACGUUAAUAAAAUCAAGAAUCGAUUCCAAGGUCAACCAGACAAAUACAAAAAAUUUCUUGAGAUUUUGCAUACCUAUCAAAAAGAGCAACGUAACAUGAAAGAAGGUCAUCUGCCUCCUGGGAAACAUUUGACAGAAGCAGAAGUGUAUUCACAAGUUGCAAAAUUGUUUGAACACCAAGAUGAUCUUCUUGCAGAGUUUGGACAGUUCCUUCCAGAUGCUACUAGUCACCAGGCAGCUCUUGGAGCACGACUGAGCAGCGGUGAGCAUUCAACUGUCCUUAAGAGGUCGUCAGGACCAAAGCCAGGCUACAGCAGCAACUCUUGCAGUGGCAGAGAUUCCUCACUUUCAGCACUGGAUCAACGAGCAGGAAUGGGAAGCAGUAAAUUUGGCCACAGCAGUGGGCAAAUAAAACGCACUUCAUCACUGUCAAGCUCGGUAUCAGGGUCCGGGGUUUCCGGAACACAAUCAAAAAAACACAAAUUGGCAACACUGAGGGAUAUAACUAUUACUGAAGCAGGAAAAUAUUCAACAUUAAGUGAUUUCGCAUUUUUUGAUAAGGUGAGAAAAGCUUUGAAAAACACGGAGGCAUACGAAAAUUUCUUGCGUUGCCUUACACUAUUCAACAAUGAAAUUGUGUCCAGUUCAGAGUUAAUUCAACUUGUCACACCAUUUCUGGGAAAGUUCCCAGAACUGUUCAAAUGGUUUAAGCGGUUUAUGGGCCGUAGUGGAAAUUUGUACCAGUUGCCUAGUUCAUCACAUAAUAAUGCAUCAGAAAAUUCACACAGCAAUGGACAUCACCCAGACAGAAUGAUUGAGUCAUUGGAAGAGAUAGAUUAUACAACAUGCAAAAGACUUGGUGCUAGUUAUUGUGCUCUGCCAAAGAAUUAUAGGCAACCAAAAUGCUCUGGAAGGACACCUCUGUGCAAAGAAGUUCUGAAUGACACUUGGGUCUCUUUUCCCUCGUGGUCAGAAGAUUCAACUUUUGUUACAUCAAGGAAGACACAAUAUGAGGAGUUCAUUUACAGAUGUGAAGAUGAGAGAUUUGAGCUGGAUCUUGUGAUAGAAACAAACACUGCAACAAUUAGAGUCUUGGAAGGAGUAAAUAAAAAAAUGUCACGGAUGUCACAUGAAGAAUUAGUAAGAUUCAAAUUGGAUGACUGCUUGGGAGGAUCAUCUCCUACUAUCCACCUUAGAGCUGUUCGCAGGUUAUAUGGUGAUAAGGCACCAGAUAUUAUUGAGGGUUUGAAAAAGAAUCCAACUGUAGCUGUUCCAGUAGUACUUAGAAGACUCAAAUCUAAAGAAGAAGAAUGGAGAGAAGCUCAAAAAGGCUUCAACAAAGUGUGGAGGGAACAGAAUGAAAAGUACUACUUAAAGUCACUGGAUCACCAGGGUAUAAAUUUCAAGCAGAAUGAUCUGAAGGCCCUAAGGUCAAAAAGUCUGUUCAAUGAUAUAGAAGUGAUUUUUGAUGAGCGGCAUGAACAAGCAGAAGAGACAACAGCAGAUGUUUCGACAGGACCUCAUUUGAUUCUGCCCUAUAAAAACAAAUGUAUAUUGGAUGACACUGCAAAUUUGCUCAUCCAUCAUGUGAAGAGACAAACAGGUAUUCACAAAGAAGAGAAACAUCAGAUCAAAUUACUUCUCAGACAGCUGGUACCUGACAUGUUCUUCCACCCACGCCAAGAGCUGAGUGAGGAUGAGAGAGAAGAAGAAGAAAAGACGGAUGGCAGUAAAGAAAAUGCAAGCAGUAAUGCAGAACAGUCAUGCAGAAAUAUCAGCAGUGAAGAUCUCAAUGAUCAAGAAGUACCUGACAUUAAAAAGUCAGAUGUCAAUCUACCACAUCAUGCUAAAUCUUCACAUCCUGGGGAAUCAUAUACACUCUUCUAUGCUAAUAACUAUUGGUAUCUUUUCCUGAGACUUCACCAAAUUCUCUGUGAAAGACUUACAAGGAUGUAUGAAAGGGCAAGAUUUCUUGCUGCAGAAGAAUGCAUGUACAGGAGAGAUCGAAGGGAGUCAACUGCUGUGGCAUUACGAUUAAAACCAAAGAGUGAAAUUGAGGUGGAAGACUACUAUCCAGCCUUCUUAGACAUGAUAAAAAAUGUGUUGGAUGGAAAUAUGGAUAACAGCACAUUUGAGGACCAUUUACGUGAAAUGUUUGGAAUCUUUGGUUAUCUCUCAUUCACCAUUGACAAAGUUAUUAUAUCUGCUGUUAGACAGUUGCAGUUCCUAGUUACUGAUGAAACUUGCCGAGAAUGUAUUGAUCUGUAUCAUCAAGAAAAGAAACAUGGUGGGGCUGGCGGAGACUGUAAAACUGCUUAUUUAAGAAUCCCAGCAGAGCAGUCUUACCAACGGAAAGCUGAAAAACUUCUAUUAAAAGAAAACUGUUUUAAAGUUGUAAUUUACAAACACGAUUGCCAACUUACAAUAGAACUGUUGGACACUGAAGAAAAUUCUCGAUCUGAGGCAGAGCCAGAUGAAAAGUGGCCAGCAUUUGGAGAGGGAUAUAGUGCUAGUGCUGCUGAUGGAGUCGGAGGUAGCCAGACAAGUGCAACAGUAACAGCAUCGGAAAUUCGUGACCGUGAUGAUGACCGAAUGGACCUCAGUGCAGAAGAUAAUGAUGAGCUGGAAUCAGAAAUUGGCAGUGCACAAAGAAGGAAGCCAGUAUUCUUACCUAGAAAUGUUCGUAUGUGGAGACAACGUUCAGGUCAUUUGGGUAUGCUGACAGAUUAUUCAGAAGAUAGAAUGGGUGAUAGAAAAUAUAUAUGUGAACUGGAGGACAAGCAGGAAAUUGAUGAAAACCAGGAGGAUUCUGAGAGAAAAAACAGUGAAAGCAGUUCAGAUGAAGAAGAAGAAGAUACAAACAUUGUUUCUUCAACCAACCAAGAAGAGGAGACGCUUAUGAAUGCCACAGAAGUCAGAGCUGCUGAUAGCACUUUCUGUAACUUCAAUAUUAAUCAGUAUCGCAUGGUUUUUGUUGUAAAUCAAGAAAAUUAUCUUUACAGACGAAAAGCAUUUCACAGGGCACAUCAGUUACAUUCUUCCAUAUCUUUGAGACUUGGGAUCAAAUUCCGCCGUUGGCAUGUCAGUUGGGUGGCAGCAAAUGUCUCAGAGAUGCAGCACAGGGCAUGCGAAGACUGGUUAAUGGGCCGUGGUGAGAGUUUUGUUCCAAACAGAACUCAUGUUGUAACAAUUAAUGAUGUAAACAGUCCCCCCUAUCGAUCAUACAAUCGAUAUCGGGUGGAAAGACUAAGCGCACCAAGUGGGUCCAGUGAAGAAUAAAGUACUACUGGAAAAUGUAGACGUAGUUAGAGUAAAUGGUCUAUAUGUGAAAUUUACUAUUACUGCUUUAUCUUUAACCCUUUCAUUCCCACAUUAUGAAUUCAGCUAUGGAGAAACUAAAAUUGAGUAUAUACCCAACAGAUGGAAAAUAUUAUAAAUCUGAAACCAGUUAACACAUUAUUUGGUGAAACUGUCAGCAUUACUAGGUACAAAAAUGAAAUAAAAGUAACAGUUUAUGAAAAACAGAAAUUGACAACUGAAAUAAAGACACCAGCAGUUUCUCGAAAUACACAUGACUUCAUGUGAUAGUCUCUGAAACAAUUCUUUUUUGCCAUCAAACAGAAAUGUACCCCAUAUUUUCUGCACAUGAUAUGUGCAAAGCCUUUUGGGUAUAGUGUGCACUGUCCUUGCUUGACAUCAUACUCUGGGCGAUGUUCAAUAUUGUCAUAUUUGACACCAGUACUUAUAUCUGUUGAUAGCUGCACCUUUCUUUUCUUUAAAUUUUUCUCACUUCUGUGCAGUCUCCUUUUCGUGUCAGCUUUUCCACUCUUUGUCAAACCUUUUGAUAUAUCAGCUUGAAAUUGCUUCAGUGAGUGCUCAUUGGUUUUCUGCAGUUGCCAUUGACAUCACCUGUACAAUAGCCAGCUGUUUACAACUGCUACCCCAGACAUCAGAAUACCAGUCUUAUACACCACUUCUUAGAUAGUAUGUCAAUUCUAUGCAGCUCCAGAGGCAUGUCAGCUUUAUCAACACCUCCCAUGAAUGUACUGAACUCUUUUACAACAAAUGGUCUGUCUAUCAGUCCUUAUUUCUAUAGCACGCCAAAUUUUCAUUUCAGUCCCAGCGCUCUGCAGCAUAUGAUGAUAUGAGAUUGAUGGUUUUCUUAUCAAAUCAACAUAUAAGGGACAGGUUAGACUUCAUUUCAAUUCUUGAGCCUUUACUAACAUGCCCCAGUUUCUUCAGAUCUCUUUCACUUGGCAAAGGAUUUUUCCCAUUCUGUCCUGCCUACUAGUGCCAACACAGAUCCUGUCUAACAGUGCCAACACAGAGUGUACCUUUAUCUUUUAGUGCUACUGCCAGUUGUAAGAACGAGAACCAAUUAUGAAAAUAUACAUAGAAUUUUUGUCCUUCAGGUAAAUCUUAACAAAGUGCCACUACUAUGUCUCCAGAAAAUCCAAGUCCAAAACCAUCAUAGGUACAUUUACUCACAUAAGGACAAAAAUCAUACAUAAUUACAAAUGGACCUACCCACAUGAAAAUUUUGAAACCCCAUUUGUGGGGUUUAUUUUGAAUGUACUGUUUCAAGUAACUGCAGCCUUGGAAUGGCGCAGCCUGUUUGCCAACAGAAUGGUAUUAUUCUACUGGAAUUACUUUCAUACUGUGAAGAAGUGUGUCGAGCAAUGUCUGUAUUUUAAAUAGUCUUGAUCAGCUCUUGGUGUUAUCCACUGUACUAAAAUACUUCAUAAUUUUUCGGAACCUAUUUCAUCUCAUUAUACCUGCAAUAGGAGGGUAUCUACACAUCACAGAUUAGUACAGCUUGGUAGCCACCAUUUUUACAAGCCCUAUUUGGAGUAAAAUUCCCAAAAGCUGUUCAGUUUCGACUUCCACACAGCUGAGUACCUGUCCAUCUUUUUGAUGAGCAAACAAAUUGCUUUGAAUACAAAUUUCUUUUAUAAUACCACAUGUAAUAAAUGUUUUGAAAUACAUGAGAGGAGUUUUAAAAUUUGUUGCAGGGUAUGGGAGGUACUUGCACCACAAUAUUUGGUGAUUCAAAAUUUACUUUCAUGAAUGUACACUCAUUACUAUGAUUUUUUUGGAUAGAUAGUUUUGUCUCGGAAAAGGGUGAAUUCCAUGAUAAAAGUGAAGUUAUAUUAGGCCCUAUUAGAUACACUACUAGUAUUUGCUUUAGGGAUGGAUGGAAGGGACUGCUUUAAAUGAACUACACUGAUGGAAUCAACAUUCUGAGCUUUGUCAGUAACAAACAUUUUGUCACAUAAACAGAAGAGUUCAUCACCAACAUUAUUAUAAUCAUAUCAUAUCAUAUCAUCAUCAUCAUCAUCAUCAUCAUCAUCAUCAUCACCAGUAUCAUAAGACAAAUCACUAAUUUCUGACAAAUGGCCAUUGUUUAUACAUGGACCGAGUUCAUGGAUUUCUCAGUGAUAAUUUUUUCUGAAUGUUCCAUUGUCACAGUCUAAUUUCAGUCUACCAGAAAAAUGGAAUUACAAUAUAUACAAGUUUUCUAAGUUUUGGCCUCUAAUCGAAGGCCACCUUGCGUGCUAGUCACAGCUGCUAGUUACAGCACAACCUGAAACGAAAAAAAUGAAGUAUUUACAAUAAUUAUAUCUCAAUUUAUAACUCAUUUUCUUAAUAUAAAUAGCAAAAUGUAGGCGACUGCUUUUUCUUGACAAUUAUUAACCUUAUACUCCCAACAUUCUUCCCAGACUUCACACAUCUGUAUCAAGAUAUAUUACUACUUCAGACAUUAUUUUGUUCAUAGUCACUUUGUUGGAGCAAUAAUACAAGCAUAAUCUUCACCAUAGUACCAAAGAAAUAACAAUUCACUGGUAAAAUAAAAAUAAAAUGAACAUAAAUACACCUUACCAAUGGUCGUGUAACACUGCAAGUCAAAGAAAUUCAUGCACCUGAAAUGGGUACAUGCACCACCAAGUGGCAAAAUUUCUUAUUAGAAGCAUGUUGUCCAUCAACAAGAAGGCAAUUUUAAGGUUCAACACACACAAUACUAUGUAUAACAGCGUUUACUAUGGUGUUGUCUCGGAACUACACUGGGAAUGAAAGGGUUAAUAUGCAAUAGGAUAGACUUAAUAAAUAUUUGUAGAAACUUUCCACUGAAAGUCAUAUAAAGAUCUCAACUCAGUAGAUACUUAGUAAGCUGCAGCUAUAAUACAAAACAUUGCAUUUUAAUAAGCUAUAACAAUUUUUUCCAGUACCUGUAUGUAACUGGACCUUCAUAUAAUCAUACUUAAUGGUUAUUUAUUCAAGACUAGUGAAUAGGAAUAAGUAUAGUCUUCUUGUCUCAGUUCACAUUGUGUAGAAUGUGACAGUCAAUGACUGAAUCUGAAUCUUGUGUGUAAUAAUGUAACACCUGCACCCCACACCCCCUCGCUCAUUGUUAUUUACUUUUGUCACCUUUUUGAUGCUAUUGUAUGUUUUUAAAGAUAUUCAUUAGAUGUGCUAUUGUACUUCGCUGUGAUAAGUUUUACAGUUUUACCUGUACAUACUCAUGUUUAUUUUGUCAAGUACUGUUCCUUGUAAGUUUCUUUUUAUUUUUCCUCCCUGAUAUCAUACCUCAGUAGUUUAAAAAAUGCUGUUUUACUAUUAAAAGAAAGGAAUCUUGAUGUUUAGCUUCUAGUUGUGACUUCCAUAUUGGCUAAAGAUAAUAUGUUUUGCAUGUAUUUGAUGUGUCUCAGCAGAUGAAGAAAUAUUCACAAGUAAAUCUUUAUGUUCUUAGGGAAAAUGUGUGUCAUGAAGGUUUUCUUUUUCUAAUAUCCAAUCACCACCACAAGAUGUGAGCUGCUGUUAUCAUCUCAUCUAAAACAUUUCUGUUGUAUUAAAAAUUUAUGUUUAGGUUAGUAUAAAAGAUGUAUAAUUUCUGUAACUGACAGUUAUCUGACUUUGUUAAGCCUUUUUCCUUCAUGUGAGAAAUGUUGUAAACUUUGUAAUUUCAGCUCACUUUAAAAUAUAUGUAACAAGAAUAAAACUUUUCUUUCAGAAG